AUGACAGAUACAAUUAUACAUUGGGGUAUCGUGAUUUCGGUCACAGCUGGUGGCAGUGAUCAAUCCUCGUUAUUUGACUGGCCACGGCGAAACAGUAGGUAUUUUACUGUUGUGAAGGGAAGCUGCUUCCUCAUUUAACUUAAGCAAUUGAACUGUACACAUCUCAAUAUACCAAACCAUUGAUGAUCAUAUCAGAGGUGGAUUACAAAGGAAAGACAUGUGUUACUAUCACAUUAACUAUUAUCAUUUUGUUCUGCUUAAUUUGUAAUCACUAAAGAAGAAAGUGUUAUAACAGAAAAUGAUCUUCAAGACUGAAGAUUUCCGGUAUUUGAAUAUACAACAGAUCUGAAUUAGUCUCAGCAGCUCUUAAAAUGUCAAAUAAUAUAUCUACUGCCGGAAAUUUUUCGUCCAGUGUCACGGAGAUGAUGUCUCAAAAUACAGUUCAGAAUGGAACAAUGUGUUAUCUGAAUUACUGUGGUGAACAAUUGGAUGGCAUCAGAGAAGAAAUGGAGAAUUAUAUUAAACCAGCUUGGUAUGAGUGGAUUGUAAUUAUCAUUUAUAUAAUAACAUUUAUAGUCGGACUGACCGGAAAUGUUUUAGUAUGCUUUGCAGUAUGGAGAAACCGACAGAUGCGGACUGUUACUAAUAUGUUUAUUGUGAACCUUUCCGUCGCCGAUUUGGGUAUUAUAAUAAUAUGUUUACCUCCGACGUUACUGGUGGACGUUACUGAAACCUGGUUUAUGGGUCUUGUAAUGUGUAAACUAGUUUAUUUCCUUAUGACUGUAUCAAUAUCUGUCUCAGUAUUGACUUUGGCCGCCAUUGCUGUAGAACGAUGGUAUGCUAUCUGCCGUCCAUUGGCGUUUAAAAGUACACGAAAGAGGGCAAGGAUUAUGAUCAUUGUGAUAUGGUUGGUGUCCGGUUGUUUGGCACUUCCAGACAUUUUAUUCAUGCAACUGGAUAGUUUGGUACCUGAUUUUGUGUCUUCAUUGUUGAUAUCAUGUCGUCCAGGAUGGGACCAAGACAAACAGACAUUUUAUCAGGUUGCCUUAAUUGUCCUAUUGUAUUUCUUACCAAUGAUUUUUAUUGGAUUUGCCUACAUACAGAUUGCCUUUGUUCUUUGGAAAGGUGAUAUACCUGGUGAAAGUAAAAUGAGAACAGUUACAGCAUCCUCCAGACCAAUGAUGGAUAGUAAGAAGAUGAAUAUUGCUAAUGACCAGCUUGCAGCAAGACGUAAAGCGGCACAAAUGUUGAUUUCAGUUGUUGUGGCUUUUGCUGUUUGUUACUUUCCAGUUCAUUUGCUAAAUAUACUCAGGUAUGCAGGGGUUCACAAGUCCAUACCAGAUAAUGGCUUUAGAGCUUACAACUACAUUGCACAUUGGUUGCCUUAUCUGAACAGUUCGACAAAUCCAAUCAUUUAUAACUUUAUGAGUGCUAAAUUCAGAAAAGAGUUCUUUCUAGCAUGUCGGUGUUCGUACAGAAUAACAGAGAGACAUUCAAGUAGACCAGGAAUGACCUUCUCGAGUACACAUUACAGUAACCAUGAAGGUCAACGACACAGUUGUCAUACUGAGCAGAUCUCCUUGACAACAGUCAGAUAAAACAAUGUAUAAUCAUACACCAUUUCGUAUCAAGCAUAUCAUAAUGAGGAGGUCCUAUUAAUACAAAUAUGUCCGAUGAUGCACAUCCUCACCUCGAAAUUGGAUCUUUUUGCGAAAAAAACAAAAUAUUUCUCUAUUGUCAUCAGCCCAAGUUUCAUCAUCAUAACGACAGCAUGUUUCGCAAUAGCCUAGCUGAUCAAAAGUAAAUUCAGUAAUAUUUAGCCACAAGUGAUUAUAAGAUGACUACGUAGAAACAUGCGCGAAACCGAUCGUGAACUGAUAACUUAUAUCCCUCACUUAUAACCCAUAAAAGAAGUAAGAAAGCAACAAAAAAAAAACAAUCGAGGAACAUUGUAUUCAUAGUUCAUGAGUUCCUGUCCUUUUUUUUCAUAGAAAGAUUGAAAAUUCUUAAUAAUGAUCAGAGAUUUUUUUUCUCUAGAGAGAACUCCACGUUACAACACUGUGACAAAUGAUUAUUGAUACCGGAUAAUGAUCAAACUUAAUGUGAAUCAGUAUCUUUAUGAUUCACCAUUAAAAUGAUUUUUUUCUAGCAAUAACAAAUUUGAUAAAGACAAUGCAUAUGAUAUAAUGAUGAGUUAUAUAUCAUAGUUAAUAUAUUAUGGAUGAAGUUUGGGAACACUGGUAAUUCCGCGUCUCGGUUCCCUGAGUAGUUCCGCAAUAUACACAUUCCAAACAAUAGGCCAAACAAGUCAAUGUCAUAAUAUAUAGUGCUUUUAAAAAUUACAUAUCACAUCUGAUCAAUUUCCGGUGAAAAUACUUUUUUUAAAUGAAACUGAGGGUGUAUUCCUUUUUCGUCUGUACCAUAAACAUUGUACGAUAAACUGAGGGUGUAUUCCUUUUUCGUCUGUACCAUAAACAUUGUACGAUAAACUGAGGGUGUAUUCCUUUUUUGUCUGUACCAUAAACAUUGUACAAUACAAACCUUUCCUAUUAUCUGUGAGCAUAUAUUAUUCUUUUCAAAUGAUUUUGGAAAUUGAAUGAUUUAUUCUUAAUAUUAGUUUUAUUUAUUAUUCCAGACUGUAAAAAUCACAUGGUUUAUUUCCGAACGUUUUGUUUGUAAAAUAUUCUGCACUUGGUUAUUUAGAAUGAUUGUAUUGUGUUAAUUUAUCAUACCAACAUGAUCUCCAUCCACUUUUGAACUCUUCAACAUUUCAAGUGUAGGUCACUGGUUUGGAAGAUUAUGUUACUGUUUUGAAUUUCUUUUGUGUUCUUCCGUUAUUGUCAGAAUCUAUUCAGACUAUGUGUACAAAAUUUGCAGACGAUAUCGCCUGUUCCUCAAUCUAAUCAGAUUUGGGAGUUCCCUAGUAAAUUUGAGAAAGCCUUCGACUGCUAUGAACACAACUAAUAAUUAAUUGACUUUUAUGGAUUUAACUUAAUGUACGUAAAUGAGACAACAAUUCUAUAACAACAAAAAAUAAAAAGACACUGAUCUAGAGAUUAACAUAUAAAGGUAUUCAACAAAAGACGAGUGUCUAAACAAAAUGCAAAUUUCGUAGUUAGUUUCUUUCACAUUCAAAUUCAACACGGUUUCAUCAACACUUCUAAAUUGAGUUACUACUAAGUGCAAGUUGAAAUGUUCAUCCUUCUAUCUCAAAAUAAGUUUUUAACUUCAAUUUGACGAUUGUCGUAUUAUAGUUUUAUGUAAGACCAAUAUAGGAAGUAUAUAAAAGGAAUUAAAUAGAUUGAACGACGGUAAUUGUAUAUUUUGUUAUUGUUUGGUGGCUGUCUACAAUACUAUGUUACAUAUAUUUACAUUGUAAAUACUUCCUUUGGUAACCGUUUGAUAGAUAAAUCAUUUAAUGGGGUUUUGUUUUACCUAUUUGGAUAUUGAGCCACAUAAUGUCCAAUAGUAAAUUCAAUGCUGUACGUUUUAAGAUCAGCGAUUACUGGACUUUAUAAACAUCAAUGUUAAAUAAUUUUCCUUUUUCCCAGUUCGACUCUGAUUGUGAUAUACAUGUAGUAAGUGUUGUAAAUGUGACAAGAUUACAAUAAAGUAGCUGUUAUUUUAUGA